AUGGCAGGAGAAAAAGUCAAGUUUUUCCUGCCCAUCGCUCAAUGGCUCAAACACAUCGCCCUCUCAGCAAAACCGAAAGGAGUAACAAUUUGCCAUUUGGAUAUUUCCUAGCUGUGUUUGUGCCCUCACUCAUGGUCCAGACUUUUUUCAAAUAGGACAUGGAGUUUGUCUGCAGCCAGCGUUUUGGUAGAAACUGCGCCUCCCAUUCAUUAUAAUGGUAAAUGACCACAGACAAGUGCGCACACCAUCUUUGGACCUUGAGUGUGAUGCGAUCGGGAGGGAGAGGCGGUCGUGUUGGGGGUGGCGCGACACAGCUCGGGCCCGCCAGUGCCCCAACGGGGCCCUAGUUCUUUCUUUCUUUCUUCUUUUUCCUCCCCUUUGAACUGGAAAAUGGCCCACUUCCCACUGGCGAAAACUCAUGAAAUUUGGCAGGACGACCGGGCCUGGUGAAAAAUUCGAUAUUCUGAAGUCGCCCAAACAAUACAAUGCAAAAUGGCUCCAUAGCGCCCCCUAAGGUGAAAAUUCACACUAUUGACUGUCACGCCUGUACCCUUUGUCAAAAUGACACAAAAAUUGACACACACAUGUAUCUCAAUAAGAUCUACAAAAAAGUCAGUGCGGGCGUAUCUGUCAAAUGUACGGUUAAAGGGUUAUUUCGCAUUUUUUGCAGAUCCGCACACAUUGGAAUUUCGCUAACUCCUCCGAAGGCUUUCGUUCCACCACAUUUGCUCAGGCCAAUCUACACCCCAUGGCCAUUCAAAGUUGUUCAAAUCAUGAUGCUGCACCCCACGGUUUAGGUUCUAGGGGGCGCCAAAAAUAACCCAAAAAUCCACAUUCUUAAAAGUCUUAUAACUUUUUAUUUUUGUCCUCACUGGCCUCCAAGUUUUCUAGGAUGAUGCAAUGUCCAGCCAUCAACACAUUUGUGGAGCUAUUUUUACUCCCCAAAAGAGCGCCCCCCCAUGGCAGGAGAAAAAAGUCCAUUUUUUCUUGUCCACUAAGGUGAAAAUACACAUUGUUGAGUGUCACACCUAUACACUUUGUCAUAUUGACACAAAAUUUGACAAUCAAGUGUAUCUCAAUAAGAUCUACGAAAAAGUCAAUGCGCACAUAUCUGUAAAAUGUAUGGUUAAAGGGCUAUUUCGCAUUUUUGGUCGAUUCGCACACAUUGGAAUGGAGCUAACUCCUCCUAAGGCCUUCCUCCCACUGACACCAAAUUUUCUCAGGCCAAUCUACACCCCAUGGCCAUUCAAAUUUGUAAAAAUCAUGACGCUGCACCCCACGGUUUACGUUCUAGGGGGCGCCAAAGAUGACCCAAAUAUCCAUAUUCUUAAAAGUGUUAUAACAUUUUAUUUUUGUCCUCACUGGCCUCCAUGUUUUCUAGGAUGAUGCAAUGUCCAGCCAUCAACACAUUUGUGAAGGAGUUUUUUCUCGUUAAAAGAGCACCCCCCCUUGGCAGGAGAAUAAAGUCAAGUUUUUCCUGUUCAUCGUUCAAUGGCUCAAACGCACUGCUCUCUCGGCAAAAGCGAAAGGAGAAGCAAUUUGCCAUUUGGAUAUUUCCUACCUGUGUUUCUGCCCUCACUCAUGGUCCAGACUUUUUUCAAAUAGGACAUGUAGUUUGUCUGCAGCCAGCGUUUCGGUAGAAACUGCGCCUCCCAUUCAUUAUAAUGGGAAAUGACCAAAGACAGGUGUGCACACUAUCUUUGGACCUCGACUGUGACGUCACAGUUUGACGUUCAAAUGUUAUUUGACCUCUGACCUUUGGUGGAGACGUGAACCUUUCAACCUGCAAAAACGGCAUUUCAAUAGCUCUUACGGCUUUUCUACAAAUACACUUUGUUCUGCUGCUCCUACUGUCUCUUCAGAGCUGCUUCACAGAUCAUUAAAGAGUGUGCAUGUGUGUAAUAAUAUAAUCAUUUUUAGUAACAAUGAUUUUUAGUGACAUCAUACAUUUGUUUUUUUCAGCAGAGGCAGCCACCUUAAAUGUUGACGUGUGUUUUCUGCAGUUGCAUCACAUGGCCACAGGGUGCCAGUGUUGGACUCAUUUUCCAGGGUCUAUUGUUGUUGCUAACAUGUAUUUGUAAAAUCAAUCCCCUAUUUUUAUAAUAGAAAAUGUCCUGUGAAGAUUUGUCCACUGUAGUGACCGUUAUACGUGAAAGGGUUAAUUGUGUAGUGGAAGUGUUUAGUGUUUAGGAUACACACACACAGACACACACACACACACACACACACAAACAGAGUCUGUUUUUUAGCACCUGCAAAAACAUGCUAUUUACAUAUUAGACAGGAAUGCAGAGGCUUGCCCCUGAAAAAAUCAAAUGUCAAACGCAAAUUGGCUGGUCAUUUCUCAAAAAGACAACCAUGAAGCACUAUCUAAACCUGAAGCAUGCAGUUGCUGCAUGUGUACAGUAACCUGAGGGGAGUGAGGUGACUGCUUCUGAGGAGAACAUGAGCAGUGAAGAUUCACCUUAGAGCCAGAACAGGGACGUGUACAUGAUUAUACAGGGGCAGGGGCUCAAGUCUUUUCCAGUCCUUUAUACAAUAUGGAAAUCAAUGUGAAAUUAAAAAACAAAGUAUUAAUAGAAAGGUAAUGACUGUCCUGUGUAGAUGACAGUGAUAUCCAAUAGGCUAGGCACUCACGAGGCUGGCUGUGGCAAGUGUAAGUGAAAGCAACACGCACUGGCAGGAAGAACAGCAAACGCCGAUGAGGGAAAAGGGUCUUUGCAGUGAUGGGCGUUACCAGAGAGGGCGAUGGCCAGAGGAUGCGAAUGGGACGGGGAGGCAGCGCGUUGGGGGGGGCGGCGCGACACGGCUCGGGCCCGUUAGUGCCCCAACGGGGCCCUAGUUAGGGCCCGAGCCAGCUGCAACGCAGCCGGGCGUAGAGCCCUAUUAUUCCUGUAUCGUUCUUCUUUCUUUCUUCUUAUUUUUCCUCCCCUUUGAACUGGAAAAUGGCCCACUUCCCACUGGCGAAAACUCAUGAAAUUUGGCAGGACGACCGGGCCUGGUGAAAAAUUCGAUAUUCUGAAGUCGCCCAGACAAUAAAAUGCAAAAUGGCUCCAUAGCGCCCCCUAAGGUAAAAAUUCACACAAUUAAGUGUCACGCCUGUACGCUUUGUCAUAUUGACACAAAAAUUGACACACACGUGUAUCUUAAUAAGGUCUAGAAAAAAGUCAGUGCGGGCGCAUCUGUCAAAUUUACGGUUAAAGGGCUAUUGCGCAUUUUUUGCCGAUCCGCACACAUUGGAAUUUCGCUAACUCCUCCAAAGGCUUUCGUUCCACCGGCACCAAAUUUGCUCCGGCCAAUCUACACCCCAUGGCCAUUCAAAAUUGUACAAAUCAUGACGCUGCACCCUACGGUUUAGGUUCUAGGGGGCGCCAAAUGAAACAUUUGCUAGUUUUGAACAGGGCAGAAGUAAAAUAAGAGAUGUACAAAAAAAAUCCGGAAAAAAUAUUAAUCCAAUAUGAUUUUUACAGCAAAGUAGUUUUUGCCACUGAGUGGCGCCAAAGGGAGCUGUCUAUUAACAGCAGACAAAGUAGUUAUGGCACAUGAGGGGCGCCAAAGGGAGCUUUCUAUUAAAUCUGAUGCUACAGAAAAAGUUAAAAGUUAUCAAAGUCAAUAAUAUCACUAAUCUCUCAUAUAUUCAAGACUUUGAUGCCCUGCAAGAGAUAAUCAGUUUUUAUAAUGCUUGAUAAAAAAAAUUGGUCAUUUUCCUUACCCCCCAUGGCAGGAGAAAAAGUCAAGUUUAUCCUGCCCAUCGCUUAAUGGCUCAAACGCAUUGCUCUCCCACUAAAACCGAAAGGAGGAGCAACUUGCCAUUUGGAUAUAUCCUAGCUGUGUUUGUGCCCUCACUCAUGGUCCAGACUUUUUUUCAAAUAGGACAUGUAGUUUGUCUGCAGCAAGCGUUUUGAUAGAAACUGCACCUGCCAUUCAUUAUAAUGGUAAAUGACCACAGACAGGUGCGCACACCAUCUUUGGACCUUGAGUGUGACGCGAUCGGGAGGGGGAUGCGGUCACGUUGGGGGCGGCGCUACAGGGCUCGUGCCCGCCAGUGCCCCAACGGGGCCCUAGUCUUCUUUUUCUGCCCCUUUGAACUGGAAAAUGGCCCACUUCCCACUGGCGAAAACUCUGGAAAUUUGGCAGGACGACCAAGCCUGGUGAAAAAUUCGAUAUUCUGAAGUCGCCCAAACAAUAAAAUGAAAAAUGGCUCCAUGGCGCCCCCUAAGGUGAAAACUCACCUGACGCCUAUACGCUUUGUCAUAUUGACACAAAAUUUGACAAUCACGUGUAUCUCAAUAAGAUCUACGAAAAAGUCAAUGCGCACAUAUCUGUAAAAUGUACGGUUAAAGGGCUAUUUCGCAUUUUUUGCCGAUUCGCACACAUUGGAAUGUGGCUAACUCCUCCUAAGGCUUUCGUCCCACUGACACCAAAUUUGCUCAGGCCAAUCUACACCCCAUGGCCAUUCAAAGUUGUAAAAAUCAUGACGCUGCACCCCACGGUUUACGUUCUAGGGGGCGCCAAAGAUGACCCAAAUAUCCACAUUCUUAAAAGAAUCCACAUUCCCCCCCCAUGGCAGGAGAAAAAGUCAAGUUUUUCCUGCCCAUCGCUCAAUGGCUCAAUCGCAUCGCUCUCCCGGCAACACCGUAAGGAGGAGCAACUUGCCAUUUGGAUAUAUCCUAGCUGUGUUUGUGCCCUCACUCAUGGUCCAGACUUUUUUCAAAUAGGACAUGUAGUUUGUCUGCAGCGAGUGUUUUGGUAGAAACUGCGCCUCCCAUUCAUUAUAAUGGGAAAUGACCACAGACAAGUGCACACACCAUCUUUGGACCUUGAGUGUGACGCGAUCGGGAGGUGGAGGCGGUUGCGCUGGGGGCGGCGCGACGCGGCUCGGGCCCGACAGUGCCCCACCGGGGCCCUAGUUAACUAACUAUUCUCACUUUGACGGAUAAGUUGUGCAUGUUGUGCCAAUCAGCAAGGAGAGGGGGUCCGGUACCCUUCUAAGUUUGAAGUCACUGCAAUAGCUAAAAGACUAGUGGAGUAUUAUCCCAUGCUGCAGGAUAAAGACAAAACUAUGAAACAUGAUAGUGAUCAUAUUAUUUUGUGCAUUUAGAUGUUGAAGUGUGUGGUUAUUUUUGGCUGAUACUUUAUCUGUGCAUAUCUUUAUUUUGUUCUUUCAAUGAGUGAAAUUUUAUUUACUGUAGGCGAGCAUUUACAAGAAUCUUCACAAGAGGCUUCAGAAUGUUAAGUCCCCACAAAAGAGGCAGGGGCCCACACCAGAGAGGGGCCACAAGAAGAAAAGGCAUUGCAUUGACUUCUCAGAAAGUGACCAAGAAGAAGAUCAUGAUACAGACUCAAUUGGUUGCUGAACAGUUAUUUUGUGUCCCACAUCAGGGACCAUUUCUGAUAAUGGCCGCACUUCACGUAAGUAGAAACAUGUACAUUUGAACAAUAAUGAUAAUGUAUGAAGGCUAGGCAAUGUUAUGAUGGUUUUGGAUAUCAUGAUAUAUUACAGACAUUUUUCAUUUGAAUUCUCAUUUGAUAUAUUUUGAUGCUCCAAACAAUUUCAUCCAUUUGACGGAGUUACUCAUUUGUCUUCUUCAUUUCAGCAGACGAGGAUAGUCCAACAGCACAGGCCAGACAUUAUCAGACCCUACAGGAGCUGUACAAGAAACCAAAACCCAACCAAGAUGCUGUCUCCCAAAUUCUUGAACUAGAGUUUCAAGCAAGAAGAUCCUUCAUUGAUAGUGAUGUUCUGAAGGAACAGGACAGGCCAACAAAGAUCCUGGAUGCAUAUCCAUGUUUCAAGGAUCUUCAUCAUGUAAGUGAUUAACUUGUUUUGGUUUCGUAUGAAAAGCAAGCAUCGUUGCAGAUUUUAACACUUACUUGCAUUAUAGGUGAUGAAUGAGCUGAGGCGCAUCCUGGAUAAGUGCAACAGAAAAUUCACUGAUGAAGUAAAAAAGAGAUGGGAAGACUUCUGCACAAAUAUGCCAUCGCGCAAGUCCACCACCAAAGAAACUGGGACAUGCCAGUGAGGCACUGCUUCAUGUCAUUCAGGUGAAAGUUUGUUCACAUUUUCUCACAUUCAACACCUCAUAGUUAUAUGCAUUGAUAUUGUGUUUCAAUGACUGGUGUUUUUUUCUGUUCUAAAGCAAUGUCUCAGUUACCUUCUUUUUCUUUAGCCAACAGAAGAUCCCACAAUCUACUUGCAGAAGAGGUCUCUCUGCAGCCCUGUGUUGCUGUUUGAUUGGACUCGCUGUCUCAUCUGUCUUGGAGCCACUCCCGCCACCAGGAUUGCCAAGGAAGACUUGAGUGACGGUCUGCUUUAUCUGAUGGGUUACUACUACGCCCUGCACCGCACAUACCCAAAGUGUGUGGCAACCCUUCUCUCUGUCAUUCAGACAGAAGUGCUACAGGACACUAUCCAUGAGCGAGACACCACAGCCUCAUACAAAACGACCAUGGCAGAAUGGAAAGAUUUUAUUGGGAAGUAG